CAUACAUUCAACAUUUGCCUCCGAAGUACACGAUUACUUGCCCAAUGACGCAGUAUAAGCCCAAGCGCUUAGUAUGGCGAUAAUCAUAUGAUUAGAAAGGUCUGCGCGUACCCAGAUGGCUAGCCAUUUUAUCAACCUGAUCAGGAAACUCGCGAAUGAUUGGUUGUCAACAUGACUCGCCCGUCCCAAUCGUAUCUAUCAACACAAUACCUACCGCGACGUCGACGUAGUUAGCACCGAAAGCUGGAGUUUCAACGAUGAGAAAGACAACGCCGCCCACAAUUCUCAGCCAACUCCCAAUCACACCGCCCCUCUCAGCGCCAUCGCCGUCGUCAUCGCGCUCGUGCUCGCCCUGCAGCUCCAGCAACGACGCGCCUGCAGAUCCAGUCAGCAUUGCGCUCUCGCUCAUUCGCACCUGCCGCUCUCGUGCUGGCGACGUCAACAGCCCCCGGGCUCCCGAGCAGACGCGACAUAGCGUGGUGCUCUCGACGGCUGAACACGACUCCCUCCGUACCGCCAUCGACAGCGACACAAGCCUGAGAGCGUGGGUGGGGGAUAGGCUUCGGUCGUCGUGGACGGCUCACGCCGGCUCUGGCCGCUUUGUCGUGCGCAUGCCCAAUCCGAUUCACGACCUAUUUGCCCUGCAGCUCCAGGACGCGAUACACAAGCGAACCCGCCGCCUUGCCAAGGGGAAGGAGGGUGUGCAGCCCGCCAUUGCAGACGUGCAGCGGCUGCAGGAUAUAUUGCGCCUCGGCACAGCGGAUGCAAGAAGGGGCAAGGAGCAGAAGAGCGCGGAUGCCGGCUUUGGUGUUCCUCACAGCGCGCGCCUCCUUGUUGCCAUCGAAGUCGGCUACUCGCAGGAUGCUGCCAGUCUGCAGAAGACUGUCGGCGAAUGGCUCAAGCUUGGCGCUAAUGCCGUGCUGCUCGUCAACAUCGCAUACGCCAACCCGAGCAAGAGGAAGGCGUCGGCAACAGCCCCCAUCACGACAUACACCCUCCACCGUGUGGAACGCUAUCGCGAUGUCGAAGGCACCCUGAAGAAGCGCAUGGUCAAGACCCAGACCGACGUUGAUAUCGCUCAGAGCGCCAAUGACUAUCUCGAGCUUUGCCUCGCCGAUUUCUGUCUUCCGACUAAUCCUCCUGCAACCAAUUACCCCAUUCGCCUUGGUCACGAUGUCAUGAUUGGCCUGCUGCAGACUGCAUUUGCUCGACAGCAAGUCUACGAUGAGGAACCGGGCUUCAGCUCCGAUGCUGAGAUCGAUGCAGCUCUCCAAAUUCGCGAACCCACGAGAUCCUCGAAGCGCAAUAAGGCCGAUGUCGUCGCCGUUCAAAGGAAGGAUGCAGCUCAACAGGGUGGGGACCCAACUCAGGAUGCGGCUGAGGAUGGGGAGGAAGCUCGGAAUGGGGACACAAGUCCGAAGGAGGAUGCAGUUCGUGAAAACGUUCCAGCUCAGGAGGAGGAUACAGCUGGGGUUGACAGUGAUGCAAACGUAUCAAUCGGUCAAGGGCAUCAGGCACGUUGCGUCGCCACGGAUGGAGAAGAUGGCAUUGAUUGAACUUUGAUUAUGACAUGGCUUUAUGGAAUAUUCGAUACAAGUAACGACCAGUGUCAACGGGUUCACGCCGCAACCUCUCCCGAACAGCUACGCCGGACUGGAUUACAGAGCAUCCUCGCGGCACUGCGUGUGGAGUACUUUUGUCAGACGGAGAAUCUAAGCAAACUAAGCGCUCCUGCAACGCCACCACGCAUAGCGAGCCGCUGACAGAGGCCAAAGUGUGGUGUCGCCUCGGGCACUGGGAUGGAAAUAGGUCAA